UAGAACGGAAACCCGGGGCGGUGCGGCACUCGUGGGAUUUUCACUGCACUCGCAUCGUGGUAUCCAGUCACAGGUCGUUCGGGGAGGGCCGAGCCUCAGCAGGGCGGGACUCGAGCGCAGCAGGAGACUGGGGCCGGGUUUUUCGCGUUACCGGUCGGCCGGACACCGCUGACACUUUCACCGUACUACGGUACCACAGUAGGGUGGUACCAGCGCCGGGCGCCCGGGAACAUGGCGUCGUACCGCCGCUUCUCGGACGAGAGCUACAAAAACUGGCUGAAAACCACGAUGAGCUUGCAGCUGCUCCGGGCCGGCUUGCGUCGCUUCGUGGAAGACGAAACCGAAACUUUCCACGACUCGCUGCGGAGCCGAGUGGGCGACGCGCGCUGUCACGCGAACUGUGACGUCAGGGGCCAACCGCUCAAGGUUCCGCCUGUUUGUGAAGCUUGUCGGCUGUGGAGAGAUGAAAUCUUGGAAAAUCACAGCAAUAAAAAUGGGAGGAUAUACUGGAACAACUGCAGACCUUUCAAGUGGUCAUCAGAGAAAUGGGAGGUGGCAAAGGUUUACAUGCCGGGGGGAAACAGGGCGCACAGCAGAAUUGAUCAGUUUGACAUCUCGGCAAUACUCAAUCUCAUGACGUUUUGCACGCAUUUCCAGAGAUUUGUGAAAAAACUAAUUCUGACAGAGGUAACCAACGUGAGGAACCAGAUGAUGCACUCACCUGAAAUGAAGGUGAAGAAAGAGGAAAUGGAGCAGCAUCUCAAGAAAAUCUUGGAACUGGCCGAACGCCUCCAGAUGCACGCUCCAGAGAUGGAGAAGCUGAAGGAGGAGAUAGCACAGCUCCAAAACACAGAACUGAGCAUUAUCCUCGAGGGCCUGGAUCGUUCUGGUGCUACCCCUCAAAGAGAAAUUAUUCAGAAUCUACUGAGUGUGCAGAAGAUGCAAGACUUGGAGCAGCAAGUUCUGAAGGAAAAGAUUGAAUUCCUCAGUCGCUGCCUUGAGGAAGGCAAAAAUACGAGCAUAGAAGUUGAAGGCUUGAGGGAUUUCCUGGAUCAGAACAAGGACUUGCUGGAGGAGCUACGUCCACAGGUGGAGCAGCUGAAUGAGAUCCAGCAGAAGGUCCAGCAACAUGACCAGCAGCUAAGUGUUCUGACCGAGAAAGUCGAGAACCUUGAAAGGAUUAACAAUGAACCAGUUUUCAGUGCAGAUGCAACGAGGUACAAAAACCAUCUGCUAGAACUGGCUACGAAGAAUCAGUGGCCAACUCCUACAUUCUCAGAAAUACCCAAAGCUCAAGGUUACACAGGAAAGGUGGAGGUGAAUGGGCAAACAUUCACUGGGCAUCUCAUCCACCGCAAUAUUAAAGCCGCUCAUCAGGAGGUGUCCAAACUGGCUCUGGAGCAGCUGUCUUCCUCCACCCAGUCAUUACAGAUCACAGAGGCCUGUGCAUCAGUCCCGCCAGAUAAGCAGUCAGCCUCCCCAUAUUUCAGUAGUGUGACUGUUUUUCUCAACACUGACAUCAGUUCAUCUGAAGGGGAUUGUGGGAAGGAGGAGGCCACUGAGUCGGCUUACAAGAAUCUGGCUGUAAUGCUUGGCACUGAUGAGCUCAUCCCACACUCGUCGUAUAAGUUGGAAAUCCAGCAAUAUUUUUCGAAAUGUGGCUUCCGAAAACCAGAAGAAUUUUUCCGCACUGAUGCCAAUGGGAAGAUUUUCUGUGUGCUGAAACUCUUGGGGCCUUUUACGUUUCAAGGGCAAGAAGGUUCAACAAAAAAACGGCAUGCAGAGCAACAGGCAGCUAAAGUGGCUCUACUGAAGCUGUCUGGGGUGCUCGGCCAAAAGGCAGUUUCUGGAGACAAUUAUAAAGGUGCCCUGAAGGAGCUGCUAGAGGGAAGGGGACUAAAGCCCCCUGAGUACACAGACAUUUUGACCAGUGAGGCACUGGUGGCAGAAGUGGGAUCAUCUACAUCUCAGAAUGCCGGCUCUUCUCAAAAUGAACUGGCCCAAAAUCUGCCUGCUGAGAUUCCACAGGAGCUGCAGAGCAAGGCAACUGACCAGUCAAGCAUUCGUACUGAUUGUCAACUGCAUCCUGUAACACAAGCUGUCAACACUGAGUCUGCAGGAAGCGGACAGUUUUACGUUGCUGUUAAAGUGCCUGUGAAGAGAGUGCUUCAGGGACCUGAGGCUCAAACCAAGGAGGAUGCAAUUCGGGCAGCUUACACACCCCUGGGAGAAGCUUUUGGACUUGGAAACCUAACAUCAGCGUCCUCUGCUAGUAGUAUUAGGGGAAUAGUCCAUGACUUCUUCAGCAAGGCUCAAUGUCAGUGUGCUGAGGACUGUGGGAUCACAACGGAAGGAAAGUUCAUUUGCAAACUGGACAUCUGUGGGGAUUUUACUUUCCAAAACCAAGAGGGAACAUCCAGAAAGCAGCAGGCAGAGCAAGAAGCAGCUAAGGAGGCUCUUACACAACUAGCAACAGUCCUGGAUUGCGAUUUGUCUGAUGCUAAUGGGAAUUACAAGGGUAAACUGCAAGAGCUGCUGGCCAAACAAGGUGAAAUGCCAUCAUAUCAGACCUUGGAUGGACCUGGAGUCACUGAACCAAGCAAGAAAAGAAAAGCUGACCCCACAUCAAUGAGCGUAAGUACUGAAGAGACAUUGUCAGUCGGCGAUGCAGGAAAUAUGACAAUGCCAUCUGUUCACAGAAGUCAGCUGUCUUCUUCAAAGAAAAUACGGAAUACAGAAUAUGUAUGUGGGACACAGAUACAGAGAAUGCUGCGGAUUUCAGGUUUCAAUCCAUCAUCUGUGAAAGUGGAAGAUCUCACUUCAACGGAGCAGUUUGUGUUUAAUGUGAAGAUCCGCCUUGAUGACUUCACCUAUCAGAACCAACAAGGCCAUGGUUCCAAAAAGGACGCCAUCCGCAACACGUAUUUGAAAUUUGGCCAGGCACUUGGCAUCUGUGAAUCGAGCACAGCAGAGAAUGAGUGUAUAGCGACCGUGAAAGAUUAUUUUAAAAAUAAGUCUUUCAGUCUUCCUUGUGAGGAGACGAAGCAAGAAAAGGACAAGUUCUUCGGCUUACUCAGCGUGAGAUCCUUUUCCUAUGAGUGUGAGGGAAAAGGGCCAUCUGAGCAGACAGCGAGACAGGAAGCCUCCUCCCAGGCUCUCUAUCAACUUGCCUGCUUCUUCAAUCAUGAGACAGCCGUGAGAAUGAUGAGUAAUAAGGAUGCUGAGCACAACCUGGGUCUCACGCUGAAGGAGCAUAACCAGUCAGACCCCAGUUUCCAGCACGCAGCCACUCAGUACAGCAUCACCGUCAAACUUUGCUUCUCUAAUUUUACCUUGGAAAGCAAGGAGCAGAGUAAGAAAUCUGCGCGGAAUAAACUCUGUGCCCAGAUCCUUGGACUUCUUGGCGAGGGUGACAAUGAAACCAGCAUCAGCGCUUCAGUGAGAAAUCAAGUUGAUGACUGGUUUAAGAAAAGAGGACUUUCACCGCCCCUGUUUGAUGACACAAGUGAAGGGGCGAAGGUGACAUUCACUGUCACGUUAUCCUUCUCCCAUCCCGGAUGGGAAAGUUCUGUAGAGGCUGCUGAAAAGAAACUGGUGGGUGAGAUGAUGGUACGACUCCGACACCUUGCUGAAGAGGCUGCCGUCUAGCUUCUCCGAUCACGUGACCAGUGAAGAGAGGCAGUAACAUGGUUUACUAUGAUGAUGGUGAUGAUGAUGAUGGCUAUAAUAUUAUUAUCAUGAUUAUUAUUUAGGUGAUGCCUCUGUCAAAGGCAAUUUACAGGUUAUACAAUACAGGUCAGAAAGGUGGUUUCAAGGUGGCUGGAUAACCAGCUGAACACAUAUUAUCCACAUUAAAACUAGAAAUGUCCAACUUAAAAUCUCACUGUGGGUGGUGUGAGAGGACAGGGGUUCUAUCCGCAAUCAGUCUGUAUGGAGUUUCCAUGUUCUC